CUCAGUCACAUGGCGGCGCCAUUUCCUCUGCCCUUCCUUUGCCCUUAAGGCCGCUGUGUGGCGGCGGUGCUCACACCUCGUUCCGCACAGGGGCAGCGGCGGUGCCGUGGGCUGUGUCCGCGCCCCCUCCUCUCCUCCCUGUCCAGCACGGAGCGCUUAGGCGGGCGGAGGGACGCGGGUGGCGAGGGCGGCCGGCUGCUCGGCUAAAAACAGCCCACUCCUAAUAAAGCGAUGGGGCGCCGCGCUCCCCGCGCCCUAUAAAAACGCUCCGUGGCAAGCCGCCAGGCUUUGGCCGCCGCGGCUCUGCAGGCGGCGCCCGGCGCGGCGGAGGCAGCGCAGCGCAGGGGGGUCGCCGCCGCCGCCACCAUCAGCGCCCGGGCCCCCCCCCCCCGCUGCCCCAGCAAGAUGCCCCGAGUAGACGCAGACCUCAAACUGGACUUUAAAGAUGUCCUGCUCAGACCCAAAAGAAGCAGCCUCAAAAGCAGAUCAGAGGUUGACCUCACACGCACCUUCACUUUCCGCAACUCCAAGCAGACAUACACAGGAAUUCCCAUUAUAGUGGCGAACAUGGACACUGUGGGAACAUUUGAAAUGGCUGUGGUUAUGGCUAAACAUGCAAUGUUCACUGCAAUUCACAAGCAUUAUUCUCUGGAAGAAUGGAAACUGUUUGCUGCCAAUCACCCAGAAUGCCUUGAGCAUGUAGCUGCAAGCUCAGGCAGUGGAAAAGCUGAUCUGGACAAGCUAACAAGUAUUCUAGAGGCCAUUCCACCUAUCAGAUACAUCUGCCUGGAUGUGGCAAAUGGCUAUUCAGAGCACUUUGUGGAGUUUGUGAAGUCUGUCCGUGCCCUGUUCCCUAAUCAUACCAUUAUGGCAGGCAAUGUGGUGACAGGAGAGAUGGUAGAAGAACUUAUUCUUUCUGGAGCAGAUAUUAUUAAAGUGGGUAUUGGACCAGGUUCUGUGUGCACCACUCGUGUUAAGACAGGGGUGGGCUAUCCACAGCUGAGUGCUGUUAUUGAGUGUGCGGACUCAGCACAUGGCUUGAAAGGACAUAUCAUCUCUGAUGGAGGAUGCAGCUGCCCAGGAGAUGUCGCCAAAGCAUUUGGAGCUGGUGCUGAUUUCGUCAUGCUUGGAGGAAUGUUUGCAGGCCACGACCAGUGCGCUGGAGAGAUUAUGGAAAAAAAUGGCAAGAAGGUGAAACUCUUCUAUGGCAUGAGCUCUGAUACAGCCAUGAAGAAGUAUGCAGGAGGGGUUGCUGACUACAGGGCUUCGGAGGGCAGGACUGUGGAGGUACCGUACAGAGGGGACGUGGAACUUACCAUCCUCGACAUCCUCGGGGGGCUGCGCUCCACCUGCACCUAUGUGGGAGCUGCAAAACUCAAGGAACUGAGCAGGAGAACGACAUUUAUCCGGGUUACCCAGCAGCACAGCCAGGUCUUUUAGCUGGGACUAAGGCGGGAGGGAGGAGCAGGAGGGGGCUGCUGUUUUGUUUUGCUUUCUCCCCUGCGUUGUGUUAGUGGCAAACUCCCCUCUUUCUCUCCCACUGAAGCAUGGCAUGUUCAUAGCCGUGAUGGCUGGGAUUUGACAGGGGAAGGUGAUGCUGUUAACACAGUGCCAAUAGUUCAAAAUGCAAUAGCCUCAUCUUUUAUUGUUGUGCCUAUUUUAUUUUUUUAGUCAACAUUUCUUCACUUGUUUUUUUCCCCUCUGAUGAAUAGCUGCUGAAGCCUCAGUAAGAAAUUGGCUUAUACAGACAUGGCUGCUUGCACCUACACAUAUACAGUUUGACCCAUCAGCUACCACUGGUCCCAGUAGCGUGCACUCCAGAAACUGCAGGCUGGCAGAGAAAAAGAUGCAAAGAAUUGAGUGAAGGAAUCAAAAAAAAAAAUCAAAGCCACUUUCUUUCACCUUUGCUGUGGCAAAAGGAUGGAUGUUUGUGGCAGGGCUGUGGCAGGGCUGCCAGCCUGCAGCAUGUCAGAGAGGUUGGAGGGCUGAAUGAGGCUACUGGGUACUUUUUACUGUGAUGAUAAAAAAUGCCUGAUCCCUGUCACUCUCAGUUCACAGGCCUUGUAAAGCCAUUUUUACUUAGAUCUCCAUAUUCAAUGGACUCGCCUAUUCAGAGAGGUUGGCACUGCAUUGUAGCGAAUCCAUGCUGCCCCUGCCCCCAUCUGUGGAGAUCAUUCAGGAGAGGCUGUUUCAGAGCCUACCUGCUUUACGGUGCAUGCAGUUAUUGAAUUAUCUGGGUUCCUGCUUUUACGUGCUUUGUGUGAACUGGUUUUUAAGACAUAAAAAUUCUGCCACAGCAAACCCACCAAAGGGAGGUUUCUCUGCAGCCCUCCCUUGCAAGUUCCCUUGCAAGUUGUCUGCCUAUUCGUACCCAUUUAGCAAAGAUAUAAAAAUGCCAUACUAUGCAUUGUCUGUGGCCAGGUGAAUGAGGCCAAAGGGAUCAAAUCCACUUCUUAGUUAGUUGGUACUACUCUUCUGCAGUCAUUGACAUCAUGGAGAACAAAAAAGAGCUUUCAGCAGAAUAGCUAGAGGCCUGAUUGCAAGACACUGCUAGGCUGAGAUUGAGUUAAAACAUUUGCUCUAAAGGCAGUAAUGAAUGUUUAAGACUCUGGUAACACUUUAAUAAAGUGUAAUGGCCCACUAAUUAAUUGAUAAAUCACAAUGAAAUUUCUUUGGAAAUACACGUUGCAUCCACAUGAAUACCACAGUAGCUCAUUAUGAUAAAUGAUGUAGUGAACACCAAUGAAUUAAUAAUGCUUGGCCACUUACUCUGAAGUGCUACUGAGAUCACAGUACAGCUGCUCUUACUUCAGUAACGUCAGAGUCUUACUUUCCCCUCCUGUAGGUACCUGUGGAAAGAUGUAGGCUUCCUUUGAGCAAGCAAAGCAGUGAUCUGUAGGAAGAGAAAUGACAAAGAGAACCACUAGAAUUAAGUUUGUAUGCUGAACUGCUCAAAAAGACCCGCACGAGGAUUGGUACAAUUGACCAUGCUAAGGAGCAAAUCCAGGCCACACGCUGAUCCCAGCUGAUUUUUAAACAUGCUGUGCACAUUAGAAAAAGCACAGAAGAUCUUUUGAAUGGCCCACUGGUUUAGAUGUCUACCAUUAAACAUUUAGGACAUAAAUCUCUAUUGGAGUCUGACCUUUUCCUCUGCUUUGAAGGUGAAUAAGGCCCUUCAAAGUAGUGUAGUUAUGCUUUUGCUGAUGAUGUGGUCCAUUUGUCCUGCCCAGAUAUCAUAAGGAUACUGAACGUAGAACAGAAGCAGACUCUGUCAAUAAAGAAUCCGAUCUCUGUCCCCUCCAGCCUGAAAGCAUAACAUUAAAAAGAUGCCUAGCUUCUUUACUACAAACGCUACUAUGGGCGAAAUUUUCCUCUUAGCUGCACCAAACCCAGAUUACAGUCAGUGUUACUACUGUGCAUCAAUAUGGCUAUUGGAAGAGAUCCUAGUUCCUUUAUUUAUGUAAUGUGAAGGGUAGAAGAGAAAUGAACACCUCCGCGAAGAGCAGGGUUAGACUAUCAUGUUGCAGGCCUGACCACAGGUGUGUCUCCACACUCGUGCCUUCAUACGUGAGAAGUACAGCUGUCGCUGGUCUCACAACUACCGUCGCUAUCGCUUUUCUACUUUUUUUAGCUACAUUUCUGAAAGAAAUUUUAAAAAUACAAAUACAUAUAAAUAUAUAUAUAUAUUUGUAAACAUUUUUUUAAAAGAGCAUGUGCAUAUUGAGCCGAGCAGCUCCGUGACAUCUCUUUGGAACAGUUUCUUUUCCAAAGGGCAGAUACUGGGGAUGAGGGGGGCUGCCUCCCCACAGGUGUGGCAAGCGAGGAGUCUCCUCCCCUGGGCAGGCUGCACACAUACCACAGCUAGCCUGGCCUGGGGCCUUCCUGCACUCACGUUCCCUUCAUUUUUGCACAUACUUAUGCCUGAACUGGAGCCCACCAGUGACUAAUAGGAAAAGAUGGGGAUAGGCUAAUCUUAAGAAGUCUCCUGGGUCCUCCAGGCUGUGAAUUACACUGACACUAAGACUAGUUAUUGAUAAAGCUUUGGCUUAGGGCAUUUCAUUUUCUAAAUAGCAGCUCUUAAUAUCAUCUUGGUAAAUAGGAGGUUUUCUUUGUAUUUUCUUUCCUCCCUCUCCCUCCAAAGUGAGCAGGAGGGAGAAAUCAGCUGCAGAGAUGCUGAACUGAUGGCAAGAUUGUAUCUCAUCCAAAGUUAUAGGUGGGCUUUGUGCAGGGGGACCCGUCAACCAAGUCAGUGCUCACUAUUUGCACCCUACAUGUCCAGCUCUCAGACAAGCUGGAAAGUUAAAAUAAGAUUAGCCUGCGCCCUUAUAUAACAGCCAGUCCUAUACCAUAGCAGGUGCCCUCACCUGCUUGUAGCCCCAGGUCCUGUGCCCUCCUCAAGUCAGCUGCGGUCUCAAGGAACUAGGGCAGAGAGGGAGCUGAGGGCACGCUAUGCUGCUAUGCCUGGCAGGAUGGUCCAAGCAGUGACCAGAACCACUGACCAACUCCAUGUGCCAUUUGUGGAUCUACCUCACCUGCACAUUUUACCAGUUCUCUGUUACCUGGUGUCCGUCUGCAGGAAGUAGCAUUUGUAAGUAAGUGCUUCAUAUUGGGUGAAUCUGUAUAACCUGGUCUUAUUUACACCUCCAACACCAUCUGCAUCCUGGCUCCCCUCUACGAGGAACACUGUGAGAUAAGCAGUGCUGUAAGCGGAGUUCAUGGCCACUUUCCCCAGCCAGACAGUUGUUAAGUUGAGCGCCUGUGAUGUUGGGGUUUGGCGCACUGGCGCCACAGAGAUUUAAUUUAACAUACCGAAAACCUACAACUAGGGAUGCCGAAUGAGCAAUGUAACAUCAUUAAAACAAUCCCUACUGAACACAUCCAUCUUCUUGAAACAAGAACACCUAAAAAAACCCCACCCUCUCCCAGGCACAUUCUAGAGUCACUUUGCUGCAACACACUUUUUGCAGAGUGGGCCGACUUGGCUACUUACCCAUGCACUCUGGGUUACCUGAGCUGCCCUUGGGGAGCAGGGUCUUGGCACAGCUGCAGCCUGAGCAAUGGCAUGGCUGGUUGUGCAGAACACACAUGUAGACCCCUGCAAGUGCGAGGCCAGCCUGAGUGGCAGGGGUGUUGAGCCAGCAUCCUGCCAGCUGUAAGUCUUCUUUUUCUGAAAGAGAAAGUGCAUGCACUCAGCAGGCACUCGCCUUUCCCUCUCCGCCCUCCCCCCUGCCCCGAGCACAGCCUGCUCACUGCCAACGGCCGCAGGGGGUUUUGGCUCUGCUCUUCUGUGCAUUUUUCUUACCUUACGGCACAAGGAUGUAGGAUGUGGGCUACCCUGUAUAUAUAAAGAGUUGUAAGGGCUAGUGCAACUUCUGGAGCAACUUUUACUAUACAAAGUGUGCCUGUGCCUUCCUUUCAGCUAGUCAAGGUUGGGGAAAGGAGGCGCUGGGAGUGAGCAAGAAACAGAGCAGCAAUUAGCCAAGCCCCUCCAUGGUGGGAUGGGGCUAGUGCUUCUCAGCCAUGGACACUUUGAGAGUUUGAAGCUUUCUCUAAAUCCAGCACUCCCUAGUUCAUACAUCUUUAACCCCACUGUACUGAACAGAGUUACUACUACAGCUUUUCACUACUGGUAUGUCCACCCUCAUCCCCCCCGCCCCCUCCCCCCCCCCCCCCAGCCACCCAGGGUAUGUUGCUUUUUAGUUGUUACCAUCGGUUUUAUACCAAAAGUCCUUUGCUGGAGACUAGGAAUUUUGCAACCAGCUCCAGAAAAAGCAAGCCAGGUUUGGCCUUGCUUGAGUGGAAGAGAAAAAAGAAAUGCCAGUGCCCAAGAAUAGCAGUUUGUGUUGUGCACCACCCUGCAAGCCCGCGGGCAGGAGCAGGCAGCGGCCUUCCUUGCAGCUCUCUAGGGGCAGAUGGGCUGAAUGGUUUUGGGGUGGGAUGCUGAACACAGCUCUGCUCCCCUAAACACAGCACUGGUCAUCAUCCCCCCUCCAGCCCUCAUUUCACUUGUGGGCAUUCAGAUGUUUACGUGAGCCCUCCCCAGCAUUUAUUUGACACACUGUUUACUGGAUGAAGUUUCCAUGCAUAAAUAAGCCAGAAUCCAAAACGCCUUGGUGUUGCCUGUGAUAAUUGUGAAGCGCUUCUGUGAAAUCAGUCAAAAAGAGUUAAUGAACGUUAGAUGUUUUCCUGCCCCUCUGUACACUGCUGAGAUGGUGAUUAUGAAUAUCGGCUUCCCUCAUCUGUAGCAAAUCUGUGUAUGCAAUGCCUCCAGUGCAAAUGGCACAAUUGUUUAAAGUGUUCAAAAGUUGUAAUGGGAAAGAAAUGCAAUAAAUUGCUUCACUUCACACAAAAUGAUGGUCUGGAAAGGGUUUCAUGCCAUGCAUGGGUACAUGCACGUUUCUGCAUAGUUGUGAAUGAAAGCAAACACUAUAAAAUGUGUCGCUAAGGGGGGGAUUAAAUUGGACAAAUUACUUGUCAUAGGAGAGCUAUCUCACAUUUAGUGUUAAUGCAUAAAGACAAAGCACACGUUUGCAAUUGGCACUGUUAUUUUAUUAGUACGAGUAUACUGAAACAAUAAACUUGUACUGGUAUACAGACAAUUUCUUUAAAACAAUUUUGUUCAAAUUUUGAAUCAAACAUUGUUUUAUUAUAAUAAUGAAAUAAUUUCUACCUAGAAAACCUGCAAGCACCAUCAAAGAAAGGGACCAUAAAAUUCAAUAAACAGACGCGAGUGUAUCCUACAAAUAGACACACCACCAUUAGAAAAUAGAAUAUGAAUUCUUCCAUUUUUUUUAAUAUUUGUUUUAAAAAAGCUAGUGCAAGUACAAUAUUUUACACUGGAAUUACAGAGAGUAUGCACGCAUAUGGAAAAAAGUUCUCCUGUCACAAUAAAAGCUCUUAACUAUGUCUGUAUGCACUUAAAAUUUUCUCCUCUUUUCAAUAAGGUGCAAAACGUUAUUCCCUCCCUAUUUCUCCUUUGUACUGGCCAUGUCAGCUCAAUUUCUCCCCAACACAAAGCUGCAGUAUCCCUUUUACUGGGCCUACACUAGGAACUACACUGGAAGUGUGAUUUGCAACAACCCUCAUUCAUUAGUAAUACCGAACAAUAAAAAAAGACCUUAAAAACUACUGCUGUAGAAUGACUAAACCUACCUCGCCAAGGCCUUUCUUCAAGUGCCUUUACGAGAAAGCCAGUUCAAGCCUGCUGGCUGUCAGGAAUGGUGACAUAGCUAGUACAAAAUGAUUUUCAGUAGCUCACCUGAACUGAAAAAGGUUGGGAAAUU